AAAUAGGCGACCCUCCAUCUUCGUCCCUCUCAUUUUCGUUCCAGGGCUUUGUUUGGGGCCGCAGACACAUAGGAGGGAUUUCGCCAUGGGGAGAAGACCCGCCAGAUGUUAUCGGCAGAUUAAGAACAAGCCGUAUCCGAAAUCACGGUUUUGCCGUGGUGUGCCUGACUCUAAGAUCAGGAUUUAUGAUGUGGGCAUGAAGAAGAAGGGAGUCGAUGAAUUCCCCUUCUGUGUCCACUUAGUUUCUUGGGAGAAGGAAAACGUAUCGAGUGAGGCUCUUGAGGCUGCUCGUAUCGCAUGUAAUAAGUACAUGGCCAAGUAUGCUGGGAAAGAUGCUUUCCAUUUGCGAGUCCGGGUGCACCCAUUCCAUGUUCUGCGCAUCAACAAGAUGCUUUCGUGUGCUGGAGCUGAUAGGCUCCAGACUGGUAUGAGAGGUGCUUUUGGAAAGCCACAGGGAACUUGUGCCAGAGUUAGCAUUGGUCAAGUGCUCCUGUCUGUUCGUUGCAAGGACAGCAACAGCCUUCACGCUCAGGAGGCUCUUCGACGUGCCAAGUUCAAGUUCCCUGGUCGUCAGAAGAUCAUUGUCAGCAGGAAGUGGGGCUUCACAAAAUUCAACCGCAAUGACUAUGUCAAGUUGAAGUCAGAGAACCGUAUUCUUCCUGAUGGUGUCAAUGCCAAGCUUCUUGGAUGCCAUGGACCUUUGGCCAAGCGUAAACCUGGAAGAGCAUUUUUACCUGCUACUGCUUAGAACUCUUUUUCUAGAAUUGAAUUCCGUGAAUUUGUUGGCUGUUUUACAGUAUUUGGUACCAUCACCUAUUAUGAGACAUUUUUUGUGUUUUGCCUUCGUUUACCGAGAUAUUGGCGCUCUUCAACUUUUCUUGUCAAAGAGAUUUUGCAAAUUUACCUUGCUGCUCUGGUGGAUUAACAUUU